AAUUGCAGCCAGGAGAUCAUGAAUACCGUUGCUCAGGCUGCGGCUCAUUUUGUUCAGGAUCUGCAUAUGGCUGUUUGGGCUGCAAGUUUUUCCUCCAUGAACAAUGUGGCAAUGCAGGUAUUGGUCCUACAACUGUUUUGCUUGUAAUUUUGCUGCGCAUGCUCUUUGUGCUGCAAAGGAGAUGAGACCGGCAACAUGUCAUGGAGAAAAUGUCUCCAGCAGUGGAACCACAGCAGCACAAUCCGAUGAAAUUCAUCAUAAGGAAGAUGCUGCUUCAGGGACCACUCAGGAUCAACCAGAACCAGCAAAAAUACAAGAUCCAACUCUUCAGGCUAUGGGAAGAAAAAGUGGAAGGAACAAGGGCUCUGCGGCGUUUACUGUAUUCAUGUAUCGGAUUGAACAGAUAAUAAAGCAUACACACAGAUAUUGGAGCCCAAAAAUUUGUCGCGGCUGCAGCCAGGUCAGGGUCGUCCUGACGAAGUAA